UGAAGUAGUAUUGCAAGUGGUAAGUUUUAUUUCACUUUCAGUAGCAUUUUUGCUGUUAGUUUUGCUAUGGAAGAGGAUGAGAGACUUGUGGGCAGAAAGUUGUUUGAAACGAAUAAAGAAAAACGUCGAUUUCUUCACGGAGCAUCAAUUGGCAUUGAUUGCUCGUCGUGAAGACAUUCUUAUUGAACGAUUGGGUUGUCCAUACAAGUAUGUACGGUCGUCUCUUGCAACAGGCUUUCUUGCAGUCUCGAAAGUACUUUUCAACAGAAAUUAGUUCAAAGUCUCGAUGCUUGCCUUGUGAAGGAAUAGGAAAAACUCUAGAAAGGGAGCAAGUGCAACAAUUGCUUGACAAAGUGCAAGGUUGGAAAGUCUCUCCAGAUAAUAAGCAAAUCUUCAAAAACUUGGAACUACCCGAUUUUAUGUCUGCUAUUCGCUAUUUUCAACAAAUAGCAGAUGUAGCCGAGGCAGAAGGACACCAUCCAGAUUUACACUUAACUGGUUAUAACAAAGUUAGGAUUGAUCUCUCUACUCAUGCUUUAAAGGGCUUGACAGAGAACGAUUUUAUUAUGGCUAUGAAGAUUGACUCUCUAGGACGUUGAGUCUGGAAACUUUCAUAUUAUAAAGUACUCGUUCUUAUAUUU